UUCAAAAAGGGCCACGCACGAACAAAGAGAGCAAACAAACUAUAAAAGUCCAACAACACAAACCAAGAAAAAAAAAAAAGUAAAUCCAUGUGUGUGUCUUUAAUUCACAAAGUUUUUAUUACUCCCCACUCAACAUCACAUCACAUCACUUGAAUCAGUCCUCAUCAUCUCUCAAAUAUCCUACCCGAUUCCCCUCCCCUCACCUCUUUUAAUUUCUCUAUCUUCAUUUCACCACAAUCUUGAUUUUACAGAGUCUCAGCUUAAACCCAGCAAACAUUUCUGGAUCUGUCUCCGUAGCAAUGAACACAAAUUUGAAGAUAUCUACUUCUAAUACUUCUAAUAUUCAAGAACAAUGUUUGUCACAUGAAGAAGAACUAAAGAAGAUUGAAUUGGUAAGAACGGCAAUAAGUCCGAUCCCAGAAAAGUUAUCUACAUUUUGUUCUGAUGCAUUAAUUGCAAGCUACUUGACAGCACGAAAUUGGAAUGUUAAAAAGGCCACAAAGAUGUUGAAAGAUUCUUUGCAAUGGAGAUUAGGAUUCAAGCCUGAACAAAUUCGCUGGGAAGAUAUUGCUUCUGAAGCUGAAUCGGGAAAAGUAUACAGAUCAACUUCUGUUGACAAGAAAGGGAGACCUGUCCUCGUCAUGCGUCCGUCUUGUCAGAACUCAAAGUCUGUAGCAGCGCAAAUAAAAUACUUGGUGUAUUGCAUGGAAAAUGCCAUCCUUAACUUACCACCUAAUCAGGAGCAGAUGGUCUGGCUGGUCGAUUUUUGGAAUUUCAAUCUGACAAAUAUUUCACUCAAGUCAGCCAAGGAAACUGCCUAUGUAUUACAAAACCAUUAUCCUGAAAGACUCGGUGUCGCUAUUAUGUACAACCCUCCAAGGAUUUUUGAACAAUUUUACAAGGUGGUAAAACCUUUCUUGGAGCCCAAGACUCGGAAGAAAGUAAAGUUUGUUUAUGCUGAUGAUGUGAGUACUAUGAAGAUUAUGGAAGAGCUUUUUGAAAUGGAACAACUUGAAUCUGCAUUUGGCGGCAAAAGUUCGGAUAGUUUUGAUAUUCAAAAGUACGCCCAAAGAAUGAAAGAGGAUGAUGAAAAAAUGCGAUUGUCUUGGAAAGAAGGGAAUGGUGCUUCUGUUGCUUCCAGUUGCAAUCAUACGCACGAGAUUUCACUGUCACCUAAGAAUGAUCCAUCAGAGGAGGAGGAAGAGGAAGAGGACGAGAAUGACACUGACGGGAGGUCAUGUACUCCAUCUUCAUCAGUUGCUGAGGAUUCCCCCACCUCAACUCCAGAUGCUGGUGUGUCAGUGGCUACCAUGAGUCUUGAUGAUCCCGGACAUGUCAAAGCGUGAUGAAGAAAGUGAUGGCAGCCUAACAUCGGAUAUAACUGUUAAAGACUGAAUCUGACGUAUCUCUCAGUAUAACUUAGCAAUGUAUACCAAAUUCCUGCAAAUAAUCCCUUCUCCCGAUAUUGUGUAUGUAAUUCAACUUUUGCCGCUUCAUAUUAAGAAAGCUGCAUUAAUGGCAAUUUUCUACUUUACAUAGCUAA